UCCCCAGCUGAAGUGACGUGUGUGUCACACAACACCGCUGGCCUGGACAGAGGACGGAUGACUUCCAGCUCAUGCUAUAUUUAGGUGGUCUGAACUAGAUAAACAAACCAUCUCCUGACACUUGAAGAUAUCUGAAAACAUCUGAGAGAAAGAGGGGGAAAAAAAGAAAAAGAAAAAGUUUUGUUGUAGUUAUGGCAACACUGAAAAAAGAUGACAGACUGACAAGUACUCAGAGCUUUAUGUGCGUCGGUUUUGCGGGGUUUUGCAGUAAAUCUGUCACGUCGCCUUUGGAGGUGGUAAAGAUUAAAAGUCAAGUGGGCACUUUUCACUGCAAGAGGGGUUUCUGGCAAAGUUUCCUGCUCAUCUACCAGAAUGAGGGACUUGGAGGAUUGUGGAAAGGAAACCUCGUCUCCUGUCUCAGGCUGUUUCCCUACAGCGCGGUUCAUCUCACCACGUAUAAAAAGAUCGUCCACCUUCACAUGGAUGAGCUGGGCUUCAUCUCUCAGUGGAGGGCCAUAUUCGCCGGUGGACUGGCUGGCGUUGCUGCCGCUCUGGUCACUUACCCUCUGGAGGUGGCUGAGACCAGGCUCAUCAUCCAGAACUGCAGAGAGCCCACGUACACCGGCGUGGCUCACACACUCACAAAGAUCUACAGGACCGAGGGACUUCUUGCUCUUUACAGGGGCUUUUCUCUCACAGUCCUAGGUGCAUUCCCCUUCUCUCUUGGCUGCUAUGCAGUCUACAUGAACUUGGACAAGCUCUGGCACGAACCUCCUUUUCGGUUCAGUUCUCUCCAGAACUUCAUUAAUGGAUGUCUGGCAGCAGGAGUGGCUCAAACCCUCUCAUAUCCCUUUGAAACUGUAAAAAGGAAGAUGCAGGCCCAGAGUUCACGCCUUCCCCAUUUUGGUGGAGUUGACGUCCAUUUCAGUGGCAUGAAGGACUGUUUUAUACAGAUGGUCAAAAACAAAGGCAUCCUCUCACUUUGGAGUGGCUUUACUGCCAGUACAAUCAAGAUUGUUCCCUACUUUGGACUCCUUUUUACCUGCUUUGAGCUGUGUAAGCAGGUUUGCCUUUACCGCAACGGGUACAUUGUCUCACCUCUGAGCUAUAAGCUCACACCGGGGGUCGACCAAAGCUUGGGGGCUUAUGAGCUGGAGGAGGUAAAGCGCUACUUGAAAAACAGGAACUUUCGGUCACAGGAGUCAUCCUUAAGAAAUCGAUGGUGAAGCUGUACGUGCAAGAAGUCUUGUGAAGAAUACUGACUAGCGACGGCACUGGUUUUUAAAUUCAGAUCUGGAUGAGUAAAAUGAAUCAACAGUGUUUGUUGGAUUGUAAUACAAAAGAGGCUCGUGUUUGUAUUGAUUUUACUGUGUUUUAACUUUGCUGUCCUCAUAGCAAGUGUUAUACUUCUCUCACAUUUGUGUUCUGUCCUAAGCAAGAAGCAAAGGUCUACCUCAUUGACAGUAUUAUGUCUUUAUUGAUUAUUAAUCAUGGUGCUUUUGCCAGAGCCCUGCAUGGGACAAAGCACAAAGAAAACCUUAUCUAUUAAGGAAUUACUAUGUUCAGUCACCAUUAAGGUAUUUCCAUGAUUGUUUAUUAUGCACAUGCUUGAACCUAACAUGAUGUGCCUUUAAAGUGUAUUAUUUAUUAUGGGGCUUGUUUUAAAUAUUGUGGCAUCGACUUCUGAUAGUGCCAUAGCAUAGCACAUAACCCGCAGUUACAAAUGCUCUUUUAAUUCAUGAAUUGCGAUGUGAGCACUCUGACAUUGUAAAAGUAUGGUAUAAUACACUCCUUAAGUUAUAUUUAUGACAUUUGCUAAUGUAUAAUGAAUGUUAACUUUGAUGCUUUCUAACAGUUUGAAAAGGUUGUAGGCAAUCAUUGACAUGAUAACAGGAUUUGUGACGGGAGCAAAUCAAAUAUUACAUUAAAUUUCCUGUGACUUUU